AUGCAGAUAAAAUGGACCAUGCUGGGGAUGGUCGUCUUCUUUCUGCUCUCAGUCAUCAUGACCUGUGGCUUCAUAUGGCAGUACAGGAUACCCAAGCAGAAGACAGGUGAGGUCUCCAAGUCUAGCCACCACAGAGAUACAGAUUUAGCUCCUCAGACCACUCAAACACACCCACACACACUUUUUGAGACACUCUUUGACUUUUCAACCCUGCAGCAGCUUCUUUUAGACCUGGGUUUUCUUUAGCCUCUUAGGUCUAAUUGCUUGUUUGGAUUACACAAAGCUGGAAAUAGUCGCAGCAGGAUUAAAGCGGGACUUUAACUCCUGAUGAGAGACAGGGGGAAGAGGAAGAGGAAGGGGAGGGGGAGGACAGGCUGAACAGUGCUGUUGAUGUAGUUUAUAGUGGCUUUAAGCACAAGACAAGGUGAUCAUGAUGUUCUGUCUGAUGGUGACGCCGUGCCUGAAGGGAUCAAACCUUAACAUCAUGAUAAUAAAAAACAACAUUUAUAACCUUCAGUUACAGCAGGCUGACAUAUUUACAGCUCUAAUCAAUCGAUUACACAAUAUUAUUGGUUUAUAGCGAGUGUGUAGAUACUGGAUUUAUUUUUAAGCACCCGGUGACACCUGCUAUAAACUUUUUACAACUGCACUCGAAGCUUCUGUAAGAAACUUUUGGUUCGUAUUAGGGCUGUCAGAUUAUUCUCUAAAAAUGCGAUAAAUCAUGAUUAACUAUUGGAACCGCAAUUUUGACCGUGUAUGGUGAUUAAUCACAUCUCAAAUAACAUGUUUUAAAUUCACUAUUUCUCCAUUCAAAAUAUUUUUUAAGUCCACCACAGACACAAGUGACUCACUUUGGGGAUUAAUGCAAUGAAAUUUAAAAAGAAGAACUCUAUUGAUUUAAGGAAAAUUCAAUAUUUAAUGAAUGUAUGAUCUUGACUUUUAGAUGCAUUAUUCAAAUAAAUGCUGCACAGCCACACCAGUGAGGUCUUAAAAGCACGAUUUAGAGGUAGAAUUUGCAGGAUUGAGUGGAAAAAACAUCCAAUCAGAGUCAAUAAGGUGCAGCUGCCUAUUGAUUCAUUUCCUUAUUUAAUAGACAUACAGUAAGUUUAGUGCUAGUAUUUAACCAGGCAUGAGUCUCACAUGCGCUGCCUUAAGUGUAAACGGUCCAUGGGACACUUUAUGAGUUAAGUUUAAUGAGACCAUUUUGCAUCUGCACUUUUCAGGGGUUUCAGUUUGGCUGUUUUUUUGUUUGUUUGUUUGUUUUUUUUGUUAUUAUUGUUAUGAUUAUUAUUUUAUUUUUAUUCCAACUCUAAAGUGGUGCUCUGCUGAGUUUUGCGAUGUAGUUGCACACUAGCAUGAGUGUUAUUAUCUACACCUUCAUGCUUGGCUAGUGGGUAAAAACUCAAACUCACUUUGUUGAUAGUGUACUUCUGUUUGAUACAGAAUAAUGUAACUUUUAAGCAAAGCUGUCUGGGAGUUGUUUAAGGUGAAAUUUCCUAUUUGAAAGUAGCUUGGUGUCAUAAUUUAGUAUGAAGUUAAUAGAUUGUGUUUUUACAGGUUAACUUCUCAUGUGGACCAUGGGUUGUGUCAUUAUGCAAUUAAUAAGAAACAGUGAGAGCUGAAAACUUACUUUUAAGUCACAUUUCCAUUCAGCUUUUCUGGUCGAACUUGUGAAAAUUGAAGGAAGUGGGUAAAACAGCAGAAGAACUCUGGAGGGUGUGAGGUGCGGACUGCAUCCUCUGAUUCAGAAAGGUCUUGUAGUGGUUGUUGACCACUCUUGACAGAGCUCUGGGUUUACAGACCUGGACCACAAGGUAACUUGAGAUCUCUUCUGCUCUUCAGUUAGCGCAGAAGUCCUUCCCUCCCUUCUACAGACUCCUUUGGUCUCGUUCCUCCAGGUCAUUAAGGUGUCCUCAGAUGUCCACUGCAUGGCAUGAUCGCUCUCAGAAGCACUCAGUUUUGAGUUUGGUUGUGUUGUUGUUGUGUGUAUGAAUAUUACAAAAACACAUGGACUUUUCAAUGACAAGAUGAGACUAAAAAUGUCUAAAUAUAGUUUAUACAUACAGCAAUAUCAAUGAUAAGGUCAAACUACCUGGUGAAAUUGACCCUGUUUGCGUCAGUUGAAGGUCUAGAGCAAUGUUCACUAGCUUGUUUCAGAGAGGAAUAAAAAACAUACAACUUAGUGUGAACAGUUGGAGUAGAAAUACUCCCAUUUCUGACAGAAAGCCCUCAUUCAUGCUGUGCAUUUUUAUACAUGUUGUGAUUGACUUUGCCCCUCUUUUUUGCAGAGCCGGUAGAAAGAAAAGUGGUGGUGGAGGAGAUGUGCCCUCGCUUCCCUGAACCUGUGCCCCUCAAACACCCAAUCACAUCGCUGAGAGUCGCUUUAGAAAAGGUUCAUCUCUUCUACGGUUUCUCUAACUUUGAUCCAAAGGUUGUUGUCUUAGAAAGUACUCUGAACGAAGCCUCUCCACACAGGUCGACCUCCUCCUGAGGACCAUCGUUUUCAAGACCAAGUUGCCGGCCAUCUCAGCCAUCGUGGUUUUAAAUGACUCGGUUUUAUGGAAUGGAAACUUUGGCAAGAAAAACAUAAGUGACCCCACUUCCACUGCACCUGAUGAGUACACAGUGUACAGGUGAGUGUAAAGCACAGGUGUUUAAAAAGAACAAUGUGAUCCGUGCUCAGAGCUGCUGUCCCAGCCUCUGAUAUUAGCAGCUCCUUUAUAGACCCAUAAUGAUCUCCACUCAUGAUUAACCUGCAGAUUGAUUCCUCUGUUGGAUAUUCGAUCUGAGGCUUAGAGCCAGAAUUAGACGCAGGGGGUCAGGAUUAGACCUGUAUUGUAGUCUGUAAGCAACAUUCAGGAGCUGAGAUCAGUGGGACUGAACCACUCACCAUGCAGCAGCAGCAGAGGGGAUGCUUUGUAUUAUUAAACCAGGAACAUUCAUUAAAUCAAUGGGAGUAAGCAUGUGCUGCACUCACUGUAAUCUCUGUGAUUGCAGAAUUGCGAGCCUCUCCAAGAUCUUCCCCACGCUGAUGCUCUACAAGAUGUGGGAGGACGGCUUGGUGAGCUCUCUGGACGACCCUCUGGAGAAGUACGCCGACAACUUCAGCAUCAAGAACCCACUGGGGAAAAGUGGGAAGACGGGGCCUUCACCAGUCAGGACCGCUGGCAGUCGGGCUCCUGCUCUCACGCUGCGCAGGAUGGCGAGUCAGCUCUCUGGUAAACCUGAAACUCAUCUUUAUGUCAGAGGUGGCCAUCUUUGUUAAUCGCAACAACCAACAGCAUAAGUACUGAGUUGCUGUUUCCAGACCUCAUUCUUAAAAUAUUCCUGAUCUAUUCAGCAAUUUAAAUAGAUCUAAAUGCUACUUAAGAAACUAAAGACCACACUCAGCACAGAGUUUGGCAUAUAGUUUAACGUAAAACCUCCUACUCCCAAAAGUUGGAGUUCUGAACUAUUGGUUAAAACAGAUUUUAUGGUUUUCAAAUCAUUUACAAUCCAUAUUAAACUGAAAAUAGUGCAAAUACAGCAUAUUAUGUGGAUAAAUAAAAAUAAUUCGUAUUGUUUUAGGUAAAAUGUUGAGUGUGUUCCUGCUUAAAUUUGAUGCUAGCAACAUGUUUCAAUGGGUUGUUGCAAGGUCAAUAAAACCGGUAAAAAGUGUGUGAUGUUGAAAAACAUCUGGAGGAACAUCUCAAACGACGUUAAUGUCCCACAGGUUAGUAACAUGACUGAGUAUAAAAAGGACAUUCAGAGAGGCCGAGUCUCUCAGAAGGAAAGAUGGGAAGAUGUUCACCAUUCUGUGAGAGACUGUGUGAGCUUACAGUUCAACAGUUUCAGAAUAAUGUUCCUGAGUGUCAAAUGUGAAAGAAUGAGUGGAUUUCAUCAUCUACAGAACAUAAUAUCAUUAAAAGAUUUAGAGAAUCUGGAGAAAUCUCUGAACAAAAGAGACAAGGACCACAAGACCCUCAGGGAGCACUGCAUCAAAACGGACAGGACUCUGUAGUGGAGAUCACUGCAUGGGUUCAAAACCCAUUGUUGAUAAACACAGUCCAUCAGUACAGAAAUGCAGGUUGAACCAUGCAAAGAGAAAACCAGAUAGAAACAUGAUCCAGAAACACCAGAGACUUGCUUGCAGUGCUGACUCCCCCACUAACAAUAUUUGGAGCAUCAUGACACCACAAAUAGGACAAAGGAGACCCCAAACUGUUGAGCAGCUUAAAUCCUCUAUUAGGCAAGAAUGGGACAACAUUUCGCCUUAAAACUCCAAAGACUGGUCUGCUGGGUUCACUAACAUUUACAGAGUUGGUGUAAGAAGAGCUGAUGCAACACAACAGUAGAGUUUGUCCCUGCCACAACUCAGAGAAAAGUGUUUCUGGCAUCAAAUUUAAACAUUUGAUUUGGGGUCUUUGCACUUUUUUGAAUGAAAUAUUGGCUUGAAAUGAUUUGCAAACCAUCAAAGUUUUAAUCAUCACUUCUUACAGUGUUAUAAGUGAUGCAUGCAGAUGGCAGUAAGGUCUGGUCUCAAGCAUUUGACAUAGUAACAUUUCUUACUGCAUCCUAAACUGGUAAUAGCACAUAGAAGUUAUCCGUUUAAAGGGGGAUGUCCCAACAAAGCAGGGUCAUUGUGUAACUGGUGGUUCCAUUUCUUGUCACCUCAUUAUGUCACCAUCAGCUAACUCAGAAAUGUAGGUCCAGACCCUCACACCGAACACCAUCUAAUUCCUCUUAAAGACACUCCUGUAGCUCCUACUACAGCACCUGAGCUAACCUGAGCUCCAUAAAAAGAGAGAGUACUUGUUCAUACACGCUGAGCUGAGUCCAGAUAUAGAGCUAAUCAGCUCAGAGUGAAGAGGAUGGAUUAACGGUGGGGGAAGCCCUGCUGAAGGCACAGGUCCAUCUGCACUCUAUUUCAGGACAGACUCAAAACACGGUGCAAGCUGCUGCAGGGGACAGGAGAAAGAGAGGGUAAAGGGUUCCUGAACUAAUACUGUUAGAAAAAAAUAAUACUAGCCCAAAUUCAAUUUUACAUUUUCUCAGAAACAGACCUGAAGGACAGGGCUCACAGUCUUAAAAUAAUUAAACUGUACGUCCUCAACAAAAAAAAAAAAACAAAUGAGUCCUUAUAUUUUACUGGAUUGCUGGACAGGAACUGAAUAAACAAUAAUAUCUUGCAAUUCAAAUAAAAUCUUCAUGAAUCAGAAACCAGGGAAGCUAACUGAAGGUGUUUGACCUCCUGAGCAGCAAAAAGCAGAACAGGAGCGCUCAGCCUCCUCAUGCAGUCUCCCAGCUGAGGGAGGUCACACGUGCUCCCAGCUCUCCUGAUUAACCUGUGAAUCUUUUGGCCUGUGUCUGGAUUUCUGUCCAUAACACAAGCAGAGGAUGACUGAAAUUACAGUCUUUAACUGAAAUUCAUCUCACAGUUUUUAUUAUAUUCUGCAGCGAAGGUGGUUGACGAGAGCAUCCAAACUAAAUAUUCACUUUUUGUUUACUGAUUCGCAUCAUGUUUUGUUUUCGGUCUUUGGUGCCUGAGAUUAGACAUCGGCGAAAUUUGACACAAAGCAGACAUUUGGAUUCUGAAUUCAGAGAGUGGUUAGCACAAUUAUGUUCUCUACUUCUAACGUUCUGUCGUUUUUGCAGCAUGUUUGCUGUUGAUGCGGUUGUUUGAGUUUUCUGCAGCACACUUUUUAUUUUGGAGCAUGCUCCCAUCUCUGCAAUUUUUUUCUACCUUUUCACAUGCUUGUGAAUUUACCUUAUCUUGCAGUAGGAAAGUUUCUCCUAUAGUAAAUAUUUUAAAUAUGACUUUUGCCAAAAUUUCCUAGAUAUGCUGCCAACAAGGAGAACUGAUUUGCAAUAGCCCUGAGAGCAAAGUUAAGGAGUUUUGUACCAAAUGCACAGUUAUUAUUGGAUCACAUUUGUGAUGAUAUAUCCUGUUUGGACACUGAAAGCCUCAGAUGUUUUUUUUUCCAGGACCAGCUGAUUGACAAAUCAUCCAAUCUUGCAGCUAAAAAGCAUUUGAUUUUCCAAGAAUAAAUCAUCCUGUUGGGAACAUAGCCAACCUCCCUGGGCAUGUAUCCAAGUUAGCACCUGCUCAUCUGGCUUUGGUGGUUGUUUGCAACUAAACUGGCAACCAUAGAUUUGCAAAUAGUGACAGAAUUGGGAAACAAUAAAAACAGGAUCACCCUUGAGGGGUGGUUUUAUUUUUCAAAGUGGUAUUAUGGGAGUAUUUUGCAUUUUUGGGAGUCAAACCAGCGCCCUUUGAAACAAAGCUAAUAGCCUCUGUGUGUCUGGUGCAUGCAUUUACUGCUCUGCCAAACUAGUGCCCAUGAGAAGCUACUUUACAAAAAGCAGAGACAAGCUCUGCUUUGUUUAAAAUAGGUGAUAAGUUUGAGAUUGCAUUUGGCUGAUGCACUCUUUUCUCAUGUUUUCACAUCAUUAGCUGCUAAAGCUUGCUCAAAGGAGUUUGGUCAAUAUUACUUGCACUACAGUCUCGAACCAGAACAUUUCAUACACUAAGCAUCGAGUCUCUUCCUGUUGGAGUCUCAGAUCUUUACAUAUAAAAGCAGAAUGAGUGUACAAGCUGAUAUUUACUCUGAAUAAAUGUACACUUAAAGUACAGUCUGAUAAAGCUCCUCUGAAUGUAUGUCAAGGGCAGCAAGAUUUAAAGUGUUGUGUUAACGUGUUAACCUCACCAUCAGUAUGAGCUCUGUGUGACUGUGUUGAUCAAAGGUGAGCCUCUCUGUUAAAAAUGUGUAAACACACCUGAGAGUGCAGACUCUACACAUCAACACAAUAAGGGUCAUUUGAAGUGGUAAGUUUACUUCUGUCAGAUUAGGUUAUUUUUCAUCUUCCUCUCUUCUAUAGAGAUACCACUGUGUUUAUAAAUUCAUGAACAGCGCACAGUGUCUGCCCACUUUUAUUUACUAUAGUUUUCUUUAUUUUGACAGGUUUGCCAAGAAGAUUAAGGUCAACUAAUCUCCUGUGGAGCGGUGACACAAAAGAAGCCCUUAAUUUGUUGCAGGACGAUGUUCUCGUGGCCGAUCCGGGCACUAAGUAAGACCCUGAUUCCUUCUUCUUGGUCUAUUUUUGACUCUGAUGACUUAACACAAUCCGGUUAGACCUGUGGUUUAAAAUGGCAUGGGAUUCAUGGUACAGGUAAAUUUAAUGAAGAACCAGACUGCAGGGUACUGCCAAGGUCUGCUCAGAAAGUGCAAGCACAACCUUGGUCACAUCUAAAGCCAAGAUCUUGAGGACAACAAAGAUCGCUUUUACUGAUCUAUGUCUAUUUUGAAGUUUGUUAUGAAGUUCAGCUUCUUUCUGUUCAGACUUGUAGCUAAAUUAAAGGACUGUCUGAAGAUUUAGAGAGGGUGAUACACACUUUCAUCAUGUCUCAACUCAGUUACUGCUGCUCUCUAUUUGUCCCCUUCAUCAUAAAUUCAGCUCCUGCAGCUCAUUCAAAACACUGCUGCUCAUCUCCUGACUGUGAAGUGUAUUGGCUGUGCCUUAAUUAACUGAACAUCUCCAUGUUUGCACUCCAGCUAGAGCACUGAGGUCAGCCAAUCAGCUGCUUCUGCAAGUGUCUGAGGCUUUGUUUACAUGAGAAGAGCCCCAAUUAAAAAUAAAAGGAAAAGUCCGUCCUUUGUCCUUUCCAAAAACCUGCAAUUACAUAAGUCAGUGUGCGCACUGAUCUGCAAAACAACUGCAAAUCUGGAGAGUGCUAUAACUUAUAUAACUUUGUAAUGAAACACCCCUGUGCACCUGCGCGUAAAGGUGAUCUUCAGCAGGGAGAUCGGCAUGAGUAAUCAUUGGAUGCAUUCAUUCAAAAAGACUUUUAAGGUUAUUGCUAGCUCUAAAGGGGGUGUCCUUUUAGGAAUACACAGACUUUUGACAUUUGUGACAUUUACUUACCUCACUGUCUUCUUGUCCGCAGAUGUCACUACAGCAAUGUUGCAUUUUCCUUAUUGGCCAACGUCUUGGCCCAGAAUGUGGGGGGUACAGACUUUGAGACCUGGCUGUCAGACAACAUCCUGAAACAGCUCAGCAUGGAGGACACAGGUUUCAACAUCACUCCAGCCAUCCAGAAGAGGAUGGCUGUUGGCGUUUACGGUAGUGGUCAGCAAGCUCCCCUCUACAACCUGGGCUGGUACAGACCUGCAGGUCAGAUGUACUCUACCACAGCUGACAUGGCCAAACUUAUGAUGGCUCUUCUGGGGGCGUACAGCGGGAGGCCUCUUCGCCAGGACACCCUGAACGUGAUGAUGACGCCACUCUACAAAUGCCACAGCGGCUACUUCGCCAACUCAACGGGCACGCCAUGGGAGAUCAACGAGCUGUUUGGAUAUGACGUGUUAAGGAAAGAUGGAGACCUGGAUGGUUAUGCUGCCACCCUCUCCCUGGUGCCAAAGCUGAAGCUGGGAAUGGUGCUGCUGAUGUCGGGGGUUCGUCCUGCAGAUAGGGACCUGGUGAGUCAGGCUUACGGCUUCCUCAUCCCCGCGAUGGAGAACGCCUUCAGGGAAGCCAAACAGACUCUCAGGCCACCACCAAGCCCAUACCCAUACGUAGGCUUCUACACCUACAGGAACAUGACUUUCUACCAGAUCAAGGUGGAUCCAGAUGGCGUGCUGAUCAUGCAGCAGUUUGGACCACAGGUGGACACGACUGUGCCGUCCAAGUACCGGACCAUCCGUCUGGAUUACCUGCAGGAAAGGGUGUUCAGGGUGGUGUUUGAGAAGCCGUACCCAUGCAAGCUGAAGGUCCACAGUGCCUCGGUGUCCCUGGAGACGCAGGACCGUCAGCUUUUUAACUUUUACCUUUUCAACAGGAGAGGAAUAUCCCCAGGGUUCGAUUCUCCAGGACUCAAUACCUACAAGGUGACGAGGAUAGGAGGCAGACCGUAUUUUGCUUCGUAA